AGGUAGAACUCUUGAUUGAGCUUGAUGAUAUCGCCGAGAUUGAUCCUGAGUUAUCAGAAAACAUUUUGGAAAAUGCACGUCGUUACAAACAGUUGUUUGAGGAUGCUGUGUUUGAAAUGUUGCCAGACUACAAGGAGAGAGAGGUUCAAGUGAAAGAUGCCUUAGAUGUGUACAUCGAACAUCGCCUUCUGUUGGAGCAGCGGAACAGAAAUGAUACAGAGGCAAGAGACCCAAGGAACAAAUAUCCACCAGAGCUUCUUAGGAGAUAUGAGGUGUAUUUUAAGCACCUAAGCACACACAAGGCCAGUGCUGUGCGUGAAGUGAAAGCUGACAACAUUGGUAAACUUGUUGUGGUGCGUGGAAUUGUCACAAGGUGUACAGAAGUAAAACCAGUUGUUGAAGUAGCAACAUACACUUGUGAUCAAUGUGGUGCAGAGUCUUAUCAGCCAAUUUCAUCGCAGACAUUUAUGCCGCUUCUGAUGUGCCCCAGUGAGGAGUGCAAGGUUAACAAGGCUGGUGGUCGUCUUUACCUUCAAACAAGAGGCUCUAAGUUUGUUAAAUUCCAAGAACUAAAAAUCCAAGAACACAGUGAUCAAGUUCCUGUGGGAAACAUUCCAAGGACUAUGACGGUCAUAGCAAAAGGUGAAACAACUCGUCUUGCAGUACCUGGGGAUCACAUCGCUGCUACAGGAGUGUUCCUCCCUAUGAUGAAGACUGGAUUUAGGCAGCUUACCCAGGGAUUGUUAUCAGAAACAUUUCUAGAGGCUCAUAGAAUUGUAAAAAUGAACAAGACAGAAGAUGAUGAACUGGGAAAUGAGGAACUAAGUGAUGAAGAAAUCAGGGCAUUGUCUGAAGAAGCAGACUUUUAUGAUAAGCUGGCCUCGUCACUUGCUCCUGAAAUUUAUGGCCAUGAAGACAUCAAAAAGGCAUUACUUCUGUUGUUGGUAGGAGGUGUAGAUUGUACUCCCCAAGGGAUGAAAAUCAGAGGAAAUAUCAACAUUCUUUUAAUGGGUGACCCAGGUGUAGCAAAGAGUCAAAUGCUGGGAUACAUCGACAGGCUUGCACCUCGCAGUCAGUACACCACAGGACGUGGAAGCUCAGGGGUUGGUCUUACUGCGGCUGUAAUGAAAGAUCCUCUGACAGGAGAAAUGAUUCUUGAGGGAGGUGCACUAGUGCUGGCAGACAAGGGAGUUUGUUGUAUUGAUGAAUUUGACAAGAUGAUGGAUUCUGAUAGAACUGCAAUCCAUGAAGUUAUGGAACAGCAGACUGUCUCCAUUGCCAAGGCUGGAAUCAUGACGAGCCUGAAUGCACGAGUGUCUAUCCUGGCUGCAGCCAAUCCAGCAUAUGGACGGUAUAAUCCAAAGAAAUCUGCAGAACAGAACAUUCAGCUCCCAGCAGCACUGUUAUCAAGAUUUGACUUGCUUUGGCUGAUUCAGGAUAAACCAGACAGAGAUAAUGACUUGAGAUUGGCACAGCACAUUACAUAUGUCCAUCAGCACAGUUCACACCCUCCAAUGCAGUUUACAUCUUUGGACAUGAACCUUAUGAGGCGUUAUAUAGCUGCAUGCAAGGAAAAACAACCUCUGAUUCCUGAGACACUUACAGAUUACAUUGUCAGUGCUUAUGUGGAAAUGAGAAAGGAGGCCAGGACCAACAGAGACACAACUUUCACCUCAGCAAGAACACUUCUGGCCGUUCUGCGUCUUGCAACUGCCUUGGCUCGUCUCCGUUUGGCAGAUGUGGUGGAGAAGGAAGAUGUGAAUGAAGCUAUGAGACUUAUGGAGAUGUCAAAGGCUUCCUUAAUUGAAGACGAGACAAAAACAAGAACUGUAAACCCAGUUGAUGCAAUUUAUGGAAUUGUAAAAGAAAUGGCUGGAGAUGCUAGCAGUGUAAAACUUCCAGACGUACAGCAACGAUGUUUGGCAAAGGGCUUUACGCCAGACCAAUUUGAUGCCUGUCUUGGGGAGUAUGAAGACUUGAAUGUUUGGCAAAUCAACUCCAAUAGGACAAAGAUUACUUUUGUUCAAUGAGAGAAGAUAAAAUGUCCAAAAAGGAGGAGUGAAACAUCUGGAGGGCACUGUUCUUGAGUUAUUUGAGACAUUUUUUACUCCGUUGGCCUUCACCGUUGUACUCAUUGCUUUUUUUCAUUGUGUCUUGCAGUUUUGAAAUGUUUUACUUUAAUUUUAGGUACAAAAUAUCUUUUUUUUUUUCACUUGUAAAUAUUUUCUAACUCAGGUGUCACAUUUGUAAAUUUCUAAGACGCUAAUUUUUCAUAAACUUGACAAGAUAGACAUUUUGUUUGUUAUUUCCUCGAGUCAAAAUAAACGUUUAAAUGAAGUA